AUGGCCCAUGGAUGCCUGGCAAGAGCUCGCAGCACCUCUUCUUCCUACGAGCCUAUCCCAGGCAUGAGAGCACGAAGAGUGACUACUACCAUUAUGCAGGUUUCCAUGAGCUUGCAAAAACAGUAUGGAAACCUCAAGUUAACUUGGGAAGAGCUGAAAACUAAUUCAUCAAGGAAAAUGUUAAACUUGAAAUCAUAUUUGUGUCUGAAAGGAGAAGAAACAAACAUGAAGAAUGAUGUAAAGUGUGCACUCUGCCCCACAAAUUGGUAUUUGAUUGGAGGCACGUGCUACUACAUUUCAAAAGGGUCAAAGUCUUGGCAAGAAAGUAAGAUGUUCUGUGAUGCAAGGAAUUCCACCCUCCUGAUCCUAAACGAGGAAAACAAAAAAUGGAUAAAAGAAUCCCUUCUAGAUGCACCCAACACAUAUCUUUGGAUUGGAAUAUAUAAGGAUAAAAGUGGCCAGUGGUUUUGGGUCAACGGAACACCUUUUGUGACGACUCCCAAAUGGUUUCACCCAGGCUCUAAGGAAGCGGAAUGUGCUUAUCUGUACUACAGAGAGAGCGUGUAUACCACAGCAGAGUGUAAUUCUCAUCAAUAUCAGUGGAUAUGUGAGAAGGCAGCCGCUGAACUGUCCGUAUAG